CUGUAACUGUGACUGUGUUUUUCUUUUAAAAUUUUCAGGCAUCCAUUAAUAAGCUAAAAGUGAAAGAACCAUGGCUCAGUUUCCAACACCUUUUGGGGGCAACCUGGAUAUCUGGGCUAUUACUGUGGAGGAGAGAGCUAAACAUGAUCAACAGUUCCACAGUCUGAAACCAACAUCUGGAUUUAUCACUGGUGAUCAAGCUAGAAACUUUUUUUUUCAGUCUGGGUUACCUCAGCCGGUGUUAGCACAGAUAUGGGCUUUAGCUGACAUGAACAAUGAUGGAAGGAUGGAUCAGCUGGAGUUUUCAAUAGCUAUGAAACUUAUCAAAUUAAAACUACAAGGCUAUCAACUCCCAUCUGCGCUGCCUCCUGUCAUGAAGCAGCCACCUAUUGCUCUAUCUAGUGCACCAGGGUUUGGUAUUGGGGGCAUUGCCAGCAUGCCAUCUCUUACAACUGUUGCCCCAGUGCCAAUGGCAUCUAUUCCAGUAGUAGGAAUGUCUCCGCCAUUAGUAUCUUCUGUUCCUGCAGCAGCAGUGCCUCCCCUGGCUAAUGGAGCUCCUGCUGUUAUACAGCCUCUGCCUGCUUUUGCUCAUCCUGCCACAUUGCCAAAGAGUUCUUCCUUUAGUAGAUCUGGUCCAGGAUCGCAGCUGAACACAAAACUGCAAAAGGCACAAUCGUUUGACGUGGCUAGUGUGCCUCCUGUGGCAGAGUGGGCAGUACCUCAGUCAUCAAGACUGAAAUACAGACAGUUGUUCAAUAGCCACGAUAAAACAAUGAGUGGACACUUAACAGGUCCGCAAGCAAGAACUAUUCUUAUGCAGUCAAGUUUACCCCAGGCUCAGCUGGCCACGAUAUGGAAUCUUUCAGAUAUUGAUCAAGAUGGAAAGCUUACAGCUGAAGAGUUUAUUCUGGCUAUGCACUUAAUUGAUGUAGCUAUGUCUGGUCAGCCAUUGCCACCUGUACUGCCUCCGGAGUAUAUUCCACCUUCAUUUAGAAGAGUACGCUCUGGUAGUGGCGUAUCUGCUGUAAGCUCAGUAUCUGUAGACCAAAGGUUACCAGAAGAACCAGCAUUAGAAGAAGAACAGCAGCAACUGGAAAAGAAAUUACCAGUUACAUUUGAAGAUAAAAAACGUGAGAACUUUGAACGUGGCAAUCUAGAACUUGAAAAACGGAGGCAGGCUCUCCUGGAACAGCAACGCAAAGAACAAGAGCGUCUAGCACAGCUGGAGCGGGCAGAGCAAGAAAGGAAGGAACGUGAGCGACAAGAGCAAGAACGGAAAAGACAACUGGAGCUAGAGAAACAGUUGGAAAAACAACGGGAAUUGGAACGGCAGAGAGAAGAGGAAAGGAGGAAAGAAAUAGAAAGGAGAGAGGCUGCAAAACGGGAACUUGAGAGGCAGAGGCAACUUGAAUGGGAACGUAAUCGUCGGCAAGAACUGCUAAAUCAAAGAAACAGAGAACAAGAGGACAUAGUUGUUCUGAAGGCAAAGAAGAAGACUUUAGAAUUUGAGCUGGAAGCUCUAAAUGAUAAAAAAAAUCAGUUGGAAGGAAAGCUUCAGGAUAUCAGAUGUCGUCUGUCUACCCAAAGACAAGAAAUUGAAAGUACAAAUAAAUCUAGAGAACUGAGAAUUGCAGAAAUCACUCAUUUGCAACAGCAGCUACAGGAAUCUCAGCAGAUGCUUGGAAAGUUGAUUCCAGAAAAGCAAUUGCUCAAUGACCAACUAAAGCAGGUUCAACAGAACAGUUUGCAUAGAGAUUCUCUUCUUACUAUCAAAAGAGCCUUAGAAGCCAAGGAACUAGCCCGUCAACAGCUUCGAGACCAGCUAGAUGAAGUAGAAAAGGAAACCAGAUCUAAACUUCAGGAAAUUGAUAUUUUCAAUAAUCAGCUGAAGGAGCUGAGAGAAAUACAUAACAAACAGCAACUUCAGAAACAAAAGAACUUGGAAGCUGAGAGGCUGAAACAGAAAGAACAAGAAAGGAAGACAGAACUGGAAAAACAAAGAGAAGCUCAAAGGCGAAUCCAGGAUCGGGAUAAACAACGGCUGGAUCGAGUGCAACAAGAAGAAGAACCUCAAUGGCAAAAAAAAAAAGAAGAUGACAAGCAAAAAAGGGAAGAAAUAAUUAAGAAGAAGGAAAGUGAGGAUAAGGGGAAACAGGAAAUCCAAGAGAAACCGAGUAAGCUUUUCCAACCACAUCAAGAACCAGUUAAGCCAGCUGUCCAGACUCCAUGGUCAAAUGCAGGAAAAGCUCCACUAACAAUUUCUGCUCAGGAGGAUGUAAAAAUAGUGUAUUAUAGAGCACUGUAUCCUUUUGAAUCAAGAAGCCAUGAUGAAAUCACUAUUCAACCUGGCGACAUAGUCAUGGUGGAUGAAAGUCAGACUGGAGAACCAGGAUGGCUUGGUGGAGAAUUGAAGGGAAAAACUGGAUGGUUUCCGGCAAACUACGCAGAAAAAAUACCUGAAAGUGAAGUUCCAGCAUCUAUAAAGCCAGUUGAGACAGCUUCUGCACCUAAAGUUUCUGUGCAUGAAACAACCACAUCACUAGGAACUGCUGCAUCUACAGAGUGCACGACAACUGCCAACAACUGGGCAGACUUCAGUUCAACAUGGCCAGCAAACACUAAUGAGAAAGCAGAGACAGACAACUGGGAUGCCUGGGCAGCUCAGCCGUCUUUGACAGUUCCCAGUGCAGGGCAGCUGCGGCAGCGAUCAGCCUUCACCCCUGCCACUGUUACAGGAUCAUCUCCCUCUCCUGUUUUGGGUCAGGGUGAAAAAGUGGAGGGACUUCAAGCACAGGCUUUGUAUCCUUGGAGAGCAAAAAAAGACAACCACCUUAAUUUCAACAAAAAUGAUGUCAUCACAGUUUUAGAGCAGCAAGAUAUGUGGUGGUUUGGAGAAGUUCAAGGACAAAAGGGGUGGUUUCCUAAGUCAUAUGUGAAGCUUAUUUCAGGCCCCAUUAGGAAGUCAACAAGCAUGGAUUCUGGUUCUUCAGAAAGUCCUGCUAGUCUGAAAAGAGUAGCAUCACCAGCAGCUAAAGCAACUAUGUCAGGUGAAGAAUAUGUUGCUAUGUAUACUUACGAGAGUUCUGAGCAAGGAGACCUAACCUUUCAGCAAGGUGAUAUGAUUCUUGUGACAAAGAAAGAUGGCGACUGGUGGACAGGAACGCUGGGUGAUAAAACAGGAGUUUUCCCAUCUAAUUAUGUGAGACUCAAAGAUUCUGAGGUAGAGACAUUAAAUUGUUUUAAAAUUGGCCUGAGGGAGUUAUGUUUUCAUUGGUGUUGUAGUGAUAUUUGCAAGUGAGUUGUUUGCAAGGGA